AUAGCAACAUGGCGGACCUUGUUGACGUUUCCUUCCCAGUUGAAGGUAUUCUUCCUAAAAAAGAAACUUGUGCUGAUGCCUUUAUAACUAAAUAUCCUGAAUGGAAUGGCGAUGGCACCCUGAUAGCCAUCUUAGACACAGGUGUUGACCCAGGGGCUGCUGGUUUACAGACAACUCCAAGUGGUAAACCUAAAAUUGUAGAUCUUAUUGAUGCUACAGGCUCUGGAGAUGUUAACACAUCAUGUGUUGUGGAAGCACAGAAUGGCGUUAUUAAAGGGUUAACAGGCAGAAAUCUUCAGAUUCCAGCAUCAUGGAAGAAUCCAACAGGACAGUACCAUAUUGGUACAAAAGUUCUAUUUGAGUUGUAUCCUAAAGGUCUAAAAGAUCGUAUAUUGAAGGAACGGAAAGAACAACAAUGGGAUCCACAACAUCGAGUAGCACUGGCCGAUAGUAUUAAACGAUUAGAAAAUUUUGAUAAUAAACACAAUGGCAAUUCUAAUUUGUCACCAGAAGAUAAAUGUAUUCGUGAAGAUCUUCAGGCACAGGUAGACAUUUUGACAAAUUUCGACAAGAAAUCUGUUGACGUUGGACCAGUUUUUGACUGUAUUGUAUUUCAUGAUGGAAACACAUGGAGAGCGUGUAUUGAUACAAGUGAAAAGGGUGAAUUAGAUCAAUGUAAAUUAUUAGCUAGUUAUAGAGAAGAACAUGAAUUUGGUCGAAUAAAUAAUUCAGACAUGUUGAAUUAUUCCGUGAAUAUACAUAAUGAUGGGAAUGUUCUUGAGAUCUGUGCAAAUGCAGGAUCCCAUGGCACACAUGUAGCAUGUAUAACAGCGGGUUAUUUCCCUGAUAAACCAGAGAGAAAUGGAUUAGCUCCUGGGGCCCAGAUUAUCGGUGUGAAGAUUGGUGAUAGUAGACUAGGUUCUAUGGAAACUGGAACAGCCUUAGUCAGAGCUAUGAUAAAAGUAAUAGAACAUAAAUGUGAUUUAAUCAACUAUAGUUAUGGGGAAGCCUCACAUUGGAACAAUUCAGGGAGAGUGUGUAGUAUAUUAUUAUGUUUUAUUACAGUAGAGUGUGUACCAUGA